AUGACGACUGAUGUAAUGAAUACAUCUACUUUUUCGGAAAAUAUUUCAGUUGAUAAUGAAAAAGAUGAAACUAUAGAUAAUUUAAUAGAAGAACAAAAGCAAGAAGUAGAAUCUGAAAAGUAUCAAUUUGAUGUUAUUGUUAUUGGAUCAGGACCAGGAGGCUAUACGAGUGCUAUUCGAUGUGCACAAUAUGGUAAAUCAGUUGCAAUAAUUGAACGUGAUCUUAUAGGUGGUCAUGCUGUUAAUUGGGGUUGUAUUCCAUUGAAUUCAAUGAUGACGUCUGCUCGUCUAAUUCGUUCAAUACAUGAAUCAACUCGAUAUGGUAUUAAUAUAACAUCACAUCGUAUUGAUUUUUCACAUAUUACUCGUCAUCGUGAUGAAGCUGUAAAAAAAAUUCGUUCUCAGAUUAAAUUUUUUCUAAACAAAUAUCAUAUUCAAGUAUAUAUUGGUACUGCUAGUAUUAUUGAUAAGAAUCAUAUCAUAAUAAAGCCAAUUCAAAAAUAUACAUAUGCUAAUGUGUAUGAUACUGAUGGUCGAAGUCCUUAUGAAUCUGAUGAUUCUUCGAUACCGAUAAGAACGGAAAUUGAAAUUACCGGUCAACAUAUAAUUGUCGCAUCUGGUGUUGAAUAUGAAUUACCAAAAUUUGUUGAAAUAAAUGAUAAAAGAACAGUAGAUCCAACUCAACUUCUAUGGCAUCGAAACAUACCUGAAUCAUUGAUUAUUAUUGGCGGAGGUGUAUUAGGUUGUGAACUUGCUUCUCUCUAUGGUCAUCUAAAUUCAAAUAUUAUUUUAAUAGAAAAAAAUUCCAGAUUACUUAAAUUUAUGGAUGAACAAGUAUCGAUUGCUGUUGAAACACGCCUUAAAGAAAUUGGGGUAGAAAUUAUUUUAAAUGCGAAUAUUGAACAAGUAUCAAAUGGCAAAGUAAUUGUACAAUUACGACCAACAAAUACGAACCGAACUGUUUCCGCUAGUUAUGUUGUUGUAUGUACUGGUCGAAAACCAACGUUUAAUUAUGAAAACUUAGAAAAACUCGGUAUUGCUAUUGAUUAUGAACGAUCAACUAUUAUAAUUAAUGAACAAACAUGUCAAACAUCUAUACCAACAAUAUAUGCAUGUGGUGGAAUAGUAUCAUCUUGUUGGUCUUGGGUACCUUGUGCUAUACGUCAAGGUCAUUUAGCUGCUAAUGCAAUAUGUAAAAUAGAAUCCGAUAUAAAUGAAAAUAAUAGAAAAUUAUAUACUGCAAAUAAUCCAGCUAUACCUUUUGUUAUUAAUGUUAUUCCAGCAGUUGCUAGUGUUGGUGAAAUACCAAAAUUAACUAACGAUGUUCUUAUUUAUAUAUUUAAAUUUCAAUCAAAUCGAAGAGCUAUAAUCGAUAAUCAAACUUGGGGUUUUAUUAAAAUGUGGACAACAUGUGAUGAACCAAAACGAUUUCUUGCUGUUCAACUUGUACAUGAAUUCGCAGCAGAAAUAAUUGAAUAUUAUAGUAUGAUCAUAUCUUUGAGUAAAUAA